AUGAGGAUUUCUUGCCAUCAGCUUUUACUGAUAUUUUCCUGCGUCCGCGGACUCGCCAUGGGGGCUUUUCCGAGCAGCGUUCAAAUCGGCGGGUUGUUCAUCAGAAACACAGAUCAGGAGUACACUGCCUUUCGCUUGGCCAUAUUUCUGCACAACACGAGCCCCAAUGCGUCGGAAGCGCCCUUUAACCUGGUGCCCCACGUGGACAACAUUGAGACAGCUAACAGCUUCGCCGUCACCAACGCCUUCUGCUCGCAGUACUCGAGGGGCGUAUUUGCCAUUUUUGGCCUGUACGACAAGCGCUCCGUACACACACUGACGUCUUUCUGCGGAGCGCUGCACAUCUCUCUCAUCACGCCCAGUUUCCCCAUUGAGGGCGAGAGUCAGUUUGUGCUACAGUUGAGGCCGUCCAUACGAGGAGCUCUGCUUAGCAUCCUUGACCACUACGACUGGAACCGCUUCGUCUUCCUGUAUGACACCGAUCGAGGAUACUCUAUCCUGCAGGCCAUCAUGGAGAAAGCAGGUCAGAAUGGUUGGCAGGUCAGUGCAAUCUGUGUGGAGAACUUCAAUGACGCAAACUACCGUCAGCUCCUGGAAGACCUGGACCGCAGGCAGGAGAAAACGUUCGUCAUAGACCUGGAGCCAGAGCGACUCACCAACAUGCUGGAGCAGAUUGUGAGCGUCGGCAAGCAUGUCAAAGGCUACCAUUACAUCAUGGCAAAUUUGGGUUUUAAGGACAUCAAUCUGGAGCGUUUCAUGCAUGGUGGGGCAAACGUGACAGGCUUUCAGCUGGUGGACUUCAGCAAUCCCAUGGUGAUUAAACUCCUGCAGCGCUGGAACAAGCUGGACCAGAGAGAGUACCCCGGCUCAGACGUCCCUCCCAAGUACACCUCCGCUCUGACAUACGAUGGAGUGAUGGUGAUGGCAGAAGCCUUCAGGAAGCUGCGCAGGCAGAAAGUGGACAUCUCGCGCAGGGGCAAUGCCGGAGACUGCCUGGCAAACCCGGCAGCUCCCUGGAACCAAGGCAUCGACAUGGAGCGUACACUAAAACAGGUCCGGCUCCAAGGAUUAACAGGAAAUGUCCAAUUUGACCACUAUGGGCGCCGAGUCAACUACACUAUGGAUGUGUUCGAGUUGAAAAGCAACGGCCCCAGAAGAAUUGGCUACUGGAAUGACGCUGAUAAGUUGGUCCUGAUCCAGGACCAAGCCUUGCUUCCGAACGAAACGUCCGGAAUGGAGAACAGGACUGUGAUCGUGACGACUAUUAUGGAAGGCCCAUAUGUGAUGCUGAAGAAAAACUGGGAGAUGUACGAGGGUAAUGACAGGUAUGAGGGAUACUGUGUGGAUCUGGCGUCUGAGAUCGCCAAGCACAUUGGCAUCAAAUACAAGAUCUCUAUCGUGCCGGAUGGGAAGUAUGGAGCUCGGGACCCAGACACGAAGAUCUGGAAUGGCAUGGUUGGGGAGCUGGUGUACGGGAAAGCGGAAAUCGCUGUGGCCCCAUUGACUAUUACCUUGGUCCGGGAGGAGGUCAUUGACUUCUCUAAGCCCUUCAUGAGCCUGGGCAUCUCCAUCAUGAUCAAAAAGCCCCAGAAGUCCAAGCCAGGUGUAUUCUCCUUCCUGGACCCAUUGGCCUACGAGAUCUGGAUGUGCAUCGUGUUCGCCUACAUUGGUGUGAGCGUGGUGCUCUUCCUGGUCAGCCGCUUCAGCCCGUAUGAGUGGCAUACCGAGGAGCCCGAGGAGGGCACCGACGGUCUGCCCAGUGACCAGCCCCCCAACGAGUUCGGCAUAUUCAACAGUCUCUGGUUCUCCCUGGGAGCUUUCAUGCAACAAGGCUGUGACAUCUCACCCAGGUCUCUGUCUGGUCGUAUUGUGGGAGGUGUCUGGUGGUUCUUCACCUUAAUCAUCAUCUCCUCCUACACGGCUAACUUGGCCGCUUUCCUCACCGUCGAGAGAAUGGUGUCGCCCAUUGAGAGUGCUGAAGACCUGGCCAAGCAAACAGACAUAGCAUACGGCACGCUAGACUCAGGCUCCACCAAGGAGUUUUUCAGGAGGUCAAAGAUCGCUGUAUAUGAGAAAAUGUGGAGCUACAUGAAGUCAGCUGAGCCCACGGUGUUCACCAAGACUACAGCGGAGGGUGUAGCUCGGGUGAGGAAAUCCAAGGGGAAGUACGCCUUCCUGCUGGAAUCCACCAUGAAUGAGUACACGGAGCAGCGCAAGCCCUGCGACACCAUGAAGGUCGGAGGCAACCUGGACUCCAAAGGCUACGGAGUGGCUACGCCCAAGGGCUCACAGUUAAGAAGUGCAGUUAACCUGGCAGUUUUAAAACUGAAUGAACAAGGCCUGUUGGACAAAUUGAAAAACAAGUGGUGGUACGACAAAGGAGAGUGUGGCAGCGGAGGAGGUGGUGAGAAGGACAAGAGCUCGCAGGCCCUGAGCCUCAGUAACGUGGCUGGGGUCUUCUACAUCCUGGUUGGGGGUCUGGGUCUGGCCAUGCUGGUGGCCCUCAUCGAGUUCUGCUACAAGUCACGAAAUGAGGCCAAGAGAAUGAAGGUGGACGCGCCUGAACGCCAAACCCCUCCUUCUCCCACCCCUGUCCCAAGCCCCGCCCAUGCACCUAGCCCCCGCCCCACUCCUCAGCCUAGCCCCACCCACAGCACCCAGAGCUUAGCCACAUAUAGAGAGGGUUACAACGUCUACGGGACUGAUGGCGUAGAGAUGUAG